AGCUUGGGUUGAGUUGUGAGGUGUUAUAUCAUGUGACUUGACUGUGUGUGCACGCGCGCGCGUGUGUGUAUGUUUGGCUCCGUUUAAGGCAGAGCUCCAGUUUAGUGGAGUCGCAGGAUGGCAUGCAGGCGACUGGGACGCGCUACGCAGCGGAAAUAUACGCACAUUUAACACAUUUUGGAAUAUUUUUGGGAUUCGAUUUUCUGUUCAUCCGGAUGGACGGACUGGGUCUCGAUAAGGACUCGUUUUAAGUUUUUUUAAAAAAAAAAAUAUAAGGAUGAGUCGCGCUCGUUUCGGAGCUGGAGGUGGCAGCGAAAGUUGAGUGUGGUGAAUGGGGAUGGAGGUGGAGGAGUGUAAGAUCUCGGUGUGGGUGUGCCGGGAAGAGAAGCUGGUGUCGGGGGUGACGAGGCGGACAAGCUGCGCGGAUCUUGUGCGCGUGCUGCUGGAUGACCGGAGCUCUCCGGCGCUCGCGGGCUCCGCGCAGUCCUACUGCAUCGUGGAGAAAUGGCGCGGAUACGAGCGCGUGCUGCCCAACCGGACAAAAAUCCUGCGCCUGUGGACGGCGUGGGGUCGCGAGCAACCCAACGUGCGCUUCGUGCUGGUCAGAAGCGACGCGUCGUUACCGGGCAGCGGCCCGCGCAGCGCGGAGGCUCGUGUUGUUCCCAGUAAUGAGAGCCGCUGCGCGGAUACAUGCGACCCCGCGACGCCGGAGGAGACGGACGAGACGGAGAUCUCACAGGAGAAACGGCGCCGCGUGGUCCGAAAAGCGUUCCGUAAGUUAGAGAAGAUCAACAAGAAGAAAGAGGAGACGUGUGUGGAGGAGUACGCGGGGAAGAUGGAGACGCUGGUGCACCUCGUCCUCUCACAGGACCACACCAUCCGGCAGCAGACGCAGCGCAUCCGCGAGCUGGACGGCGAGAUCGAGAGGCACGAAGCCAGGGUGCACGCAGACCGAAUGAGGCGCCACGGGAUCAAUUACGUGCAGGACACCUACCUGGUGGACACGGGGGACAGCGCGAACGCGAGCGCGGAGCUCGACGCAGACGUUAUGGAGACCAACUGCGACCAAGUUCUCCGACUCCAGGAGCAGCUCGAAGAGCACCACGCACUGGUGGAGAGACUCACCGCAGAAAUCCAAGAGGAGCUCGACCGGAGAUGGAUGACCCGGCGGCUUGAAGGAGACGCAGAGGAGACGGAGGAGAUCGCGCAAACGGAGACUCCGGCGUCCGAAAAAGACGUGCGUUUAGAAGAGGAGAGGAUCAAGACGCAGCUGGAUACGAGCUCGUACAUCGGACUGCGUAUCAACACCGACCUAGAGGCUGUGCAGAGCGAGCUGGACACGAGCCUCGAGGUGUGGUCGGCGAAAGAGCACGAACUAAGAGAUUUAAUGGAGAAACUGAACACGUGUGGCGACUGCGAUGAAGACGCAGGUGAAGGAGACACUGUGUUUACAGAUGAUGUCCAGCCUCCACCUCCACCACCAUCUUCUGUGGACCACAGUGACUGCUGGGUGGAGCGGGUGCGAGGACUGUCAAAAACUAACCCGAGUGGCAACGAUGAUGACUCGGAUACUGGACUGAGCUCAAUGCACAGUCAGGACUCAGAUAACGCAGCAGUGUGUGAGUCACUGGUGUGAGCACUGACACUCUGGAGAAGGACAACAGUCCGGGGCAGGAGGCCCAGUGAAAUUAAGGGCAGGAAGGUUUCAAAUUCCUGUGUGUGUGUGUGUGUGUGUGAGAGAGAGAGAGAGAGAGAGAGAGAGAGAGAGAGAGAGAGAGAGAGAGAAAAUGAGAGAGAAAAUGAGAGAGAAAUAAUCUGAACAGUACUGAUGGGUAGGAGUGAUUCAUCAAGGAGUCGGUUCUUUUUAAGAACUCUUUUGAAGUGAAUCAGUUUAAUCCGUUCACAGACACAAAGUAUUUAAAUUAAUCCAGGUAUUUAGAAGGUGAGGAAAUCUCCCUGUCCUGUGUGCCAGAAACGUAGGUGUUGCUUUUAAGUAACAGAAUUCCCAAGACUGAUAUCAUGGAAAUAUAUCUGCUUCUGUCCUGAGGGCUUAGGUUCAUUUAGAUUAUUGUGAAAUAUGAUACUCACCUGCAGUUGUAUGCGGCUAUGCAAAACAGCAAAGUUGCUUAACUAUAUUCAGCUUCGAGUUAGUUCAGAUGAUGUUAUAGCACACAACAGGCAAACAUUUUACAGUCAGGAACCUGUUUAAACAUAUUUUUAAAAAAUCCACUUUAUCAAAUUAGGGUCAUUAUUUCAAUAUGUAUAACGCUAGUUUUCCUCUUUACUGAAGCCAGAAAGUUUGUUACACAGAAACAACCCACUUUUACUAAAAUUCCUAUUAAAUUCCAGCUGACUUUAUUUACAGGUCAACUAUAUGAUAAUUAUGAUGAUUGAUGGCAGGUUGUGAUUUUCAUCAACAUAACAAGAUUAGAAAAUUACAAGGCACACAAACAAAGGAUCUAAACUACUUAAAUCCUGAGACGUGAUCGAUGAACUAGAGUCAAAGAAACAAAAAAAAAAAAGAAAAAAAAAGUGAAAACAUACAUGAUUUUGUCGAUGGUCAUCAGAGUAGGAGGAGUCUGAGAAAAACUGAUAAUAAUAAUAAUAAUGGUGCAGAUGAGCCUAUUAUUAGUGAUGACUAUAAAGCACAGGAAAGAGGCAGGAAAUGUCUGCAGGUAAACUGCGAGGAAUGUAAAGUAAGGGUUUAAACCGGAUUGCUAAAUUGUAAAAAUAUGUUCUCACAACUUACAGACUGCAUAACAUGACACAAACAUCACUCUUUAUUAUACAGCGACAAAACAGUGAACUUUCAAAUCUAGAGGCUGAAAAUCAGUGUCUACGGAGGCUCUAGCUAAAAAAAAUGUGUAUAAAUGACCCA